AUGUUCGUCCCUACUGCUCGCCGCGCCGCGGCCCAGGCCUCCGCCUAUGCGCCCAAGUACUACAUUCCCCGUACCGCCGCCGGUAUGACCCUCGGCACAGCCAUCCAGCUUGGUUCCGUCGCUGCUGGCUUCGGUGUCGCCCUUGGUUCCGGUGCUCUCUUCAUCUUCGGCGAGGUUCCCCGUGUGCGCAACGAUAUCCUCCGCAAGCUUCCUUUCUUCGAUACCUACUACGACCGCACCAUCGCCCCCGAGGACAACCCCUUCUAA